AAUAUUUUGUACAAUCAAAUCUUUCAUAUUCUCAAAUCAAAUCCCCGGAAACCCCUUUUCCCUCUCAAUUCCAUUUAGGAUUAGGGUUUUCAUUACUUUCAAUAUCUUCUUUCAGAUCUCUCUCUCUCAUGGAUGUCCCUCUCCACGAUCAGGAUCGAAUCAUCUCCACUGGAGAGAGGUCUGUCAAGCCAAAUAAUUCAACUGAGCAGCAGCUACUUUCAAUGGAAGAUGAAAGGAUCAUUUCAGCAAAUCCUUCUCCGGAUGCAGCAGCUGGCAUAGGGCCUCCAAAGGAUGUCAAAGAAAAGCCAGAAUCUGCUGAUAGCGGAGAGCUUGGCACUGUCCACACGCUAAAUACGUAUUCUUCCCAGGAACAAAGUCUAUCAUAUGGUGGUUAUGGAAAUAGCAUUACUACAUUGGAUGGAUAUUCUCCAUAUGCUAAUGUUGAUGGCUUACAUGUAUCUCCAGUUAUCUACAAUGACAAUGCGUCUCUAUUGUUGCAUUCUGGUUAUGGCUUCAAUCCUGAAAUAGCAUUUGGACAAUACUCUCCAGUUGCUUCACCAUUGCCUUCUAUAAUGGUGGAAGGCCAGCUGUACCCACCACAGCAAAUCCCUUUCUCUCCAACUUAUUACCCCAAGGCUGGUCCACCAAAUGUGCCAGCGGUUCAAGCAUCACCAUCUGAGCUGAUGACAUCAGAAAGUAGUGCUGACAACUUUCUUUUAGGACCAGGAUCAGGAUAUUUUGUACAUCUUGGUGGAUCAUUUGGUGGAGGGGAUGUAUCUGGGAAUCAUGUUUCUAGUCCUUUAACUAUGCCAGCAGCAUAUCCUCAACCAAUGGGCAUUCUUGGGUCAUAUGAGCAGAAUGUUGGGCAGAUUUCUCAACAAGGAUCAUAUAAUGGAUUUGGAUUAAUUUCAAGUUCCUCCCCUGGAGGUUACCCUCGUGGUGGCCCUUAUCAGAGCUCUUAUUUUGGGAGUAAUGACCGGAUGCGACCUGUUCUUGACAAGGGCAGAAGACAAGAGAUGGACCAGGAUUCAAUUUGCAUUUCUAGUUAUUCACAUGGUAUUGAUCGCAAUCGAGGACCACGGGCUUCAAAAGUGAAGGGAAAGGGCACUUCUGAACAGAGUUCUUCAUCUUUUAAUGGCAAAAACAAUAUAACAGGCUCACAAAUAAAUCUUGAGUCAUACAACCGGCAAGACUUUGUCACUGAAUAUGAGAAUGCCAAGUUCUUUAUCAUCAAGUCUUUUAGUGAGGACAAUGUUCACAAAAGUAUCAAGUAUAAUAUUUGGGCCAGCACUCCUCAUGGUAAUAAAAAAUUAGAUGCAGCUUAUCAAGAAGCAAACAAAACAAGUGGCAGCUUUCCAAUAUUCCUUCUGUUUUCGGUUAACGCAAGUGGACAGUUCUGUGGGGUGGCUGAGAUGGUAGGACCUGUAGAUUUUGAGAAAAAUGCUGAUUACUGGCAGCAAGAUAGGUGGAGCGGGCAGUUUCCAGUCAAAUGGCAUAUAAUCAAAGAUGUUCCUAACAACCGAUUUCGUCACAUUCUGCUUGAAAAUAAUGAUAAUAAACCAGUGACACACAGCCGAGAUUCGCAGGAGGUGAAAUUAGAACAGGGUAUUGAGAUGUUGAAAAUCUUCAAGGAGCAUGAUGUGCGAACAUGUAUGCUAGAUGAUUUUGACUUUUAUGAUGAGCGGGAGAGAUCUUUGAAGGAAAGGAGGGCUAGACAGCAACCUAGCUUAAUGAAAGAUGCUCCAGAUUCAGUUGCUGAAAAUUCUGUAAACCAGAUUUCUGAUAGUUUUCCUCAAGCCCUCCAGUUGGAAGACAUCCCUAAAAAAGAAACACUAAGUCAUGCAGGUGUUAUUUCAAGAUCAGAUGUUUCAGUUUCACUUGCUAGUGAUCCAUUAAACCAAACUUCUGAUAGCUUUUCUUUAGCUAUACAGUCAGAAAAUAGUAUCAAAGAAAGAUCUGCUGCUGAAACAAGUGGCAAGCAUCAGAAUUGAGCCCAUCAAUGGCAGAGUAAUUAUGUUGACGCUAGGAGCAGUUAUACAUAGCUUUUAUUGGCAUCCAUCUUUGGCGUACUUGGUGUAACCGAAAAAACUCUUGGUUCUGUUGGUGAUUCUAUAAUUUUGUUUGUUUACUGACAUCAUUGAGGAGGUAUAUUGGGCAUUUGAGGAGUCAAGCUUCAAUCUGACAGUGAAUUUUUUCUUUUGUUUUUGUUUAUCUUUGGUCACUGGUCAGUGGUUCACCGUACAUGGCAGUUGAAAAUUGAUGGAGGUCAGCUCAGGCAGUAAAAGAGUGGUAAUAUCUGACCUUGUGCAUUAUUGUUUUGAAUAUGGUAUAGGUUGAAGAUGAUGUUGAGCAAUAUCCAGUAGUCGGAUGAAUCCAUGUGGAAUUUGCUUGUGUAUACUGUGUGCCUGAUGCCUUAUUCCAUGUAAUCUUCCAGAGUAUUAUUUUACCAGUUUUCUGAGCGCUUUUGGUUAACGAAAGGAUCUGUAAACUUACCCAAUUUUCCGAGGAACAGAAAUAAAAAGAAAUGCCACAAAAUGAUUUGUUACAGAAA